CGUCACGGCCACUGUCCUGUUCACAUUUCUGUUUAGUAUUUGCCUAUCGGGUCUUCGGGUUGUGUUGUCUGCCGUCUGGUCAUAACAAACCAGUUUUGUUUAAUUUUAUUGUAGUUAAUCAAUACUAUUAAAAUUAAAAUGUGAAGUUUUCAUGAAAGUUAAUACAAGAAAUAAAUCAAGCAAAUAUGCAUACUGUGAACAUUUGGUUAAGAGGGAUCUCUCUUUUGUUUAGUUUUUAUAUUGUUUUUUGUGAUGAUAGAAAAGAAACAAUUGCAGAAGUAACGACAUGUGGGACAGACAUGUUCCGAUGUGGUAGCGGUCAGUGUAUCCCAAGGCGGUGGCAGUGCGAUGACAUGCCUGACUGUCCGGAUGGCACUGAUGAGUCGGCUGAGUGUGCUCUAGAAGUGGGUCAGCGAGUAUGCAGGCCCGGUCAGUUUCAGUGUGCUGGCUCCCGUAAGUGUAUUCCUCUUGGCUGGAUCUGCGAUGGUGAACCAGAUUGCGGAACUUCACAUGAGCAGGUUGACAACUCUGAUGAGGACCCUCACAGAUGUGAGAAAGGAAGCCAGUGUAUGUGGAACAUGGCGAGGUGCAAGGAAGGCGAGUGUCUUGAGAUUCAGAAGUUCUGUGAUGGUGUGGUGGACUGUCCUGAUGGUAGUGAUGAAGGCACGCACUGUUCGAACAGAGCAGGGUGUGAUAACCUAAAGUGUUCCCAUGGCUGCCAACAGACUCCCAGUGGAGCCAUGUGUUACUGUCCCACCGGCCAGCAGCCCAACAAGACUCAGUGUGUUGAUCUGAACGAGUGCGAGGUGGACGGGUCAUGUGACCAGUUGUGCACCAAUACUGGCGGGUCCUUCAACUGUGCUUGUGUUCCAGGAUAUAUGAGAGUCAAUAGCACCAGGUGUAAAGCCAUCAAUGAGCCAGCAGAUGAGGAGCCAAGUCUGGUGUUCAGCAGUACCAUGGAUAUUCGACGGAUAUACCUGAAUGGAACUACAUGGCCAGGCAACAGCUCUAUUGCUCAGCUACAGACUCUGGCCCUGGAGUUCAACCAUCGCAACCGAACCUUGUGCUACAUCCGCAACAAUGGAACUCUGGCCCUGUUCAGCUGUGCAAACAUUGACGAUCUCUCGAUUACCUGGGACUUGCCACCACCCACCAUGUUCCCUCUCUACGCUAAUACUCAUGUUGCUUUGGAUUGGAUCUCGGGGAAUUGGUACUUUCUGGAUGACAGCCGGGAAAUGAUAUUUGUUUGCACUUCAACCAUGAAAUACUGUCUUAUCCUGGUGGAUGUGAAUCUUAGCAAGCCAAGAGGCAUCGCAUUGGAUCCAACCAAAGGGUUCAUGUUCUUCACCAAGUGGGGAGUGACAUCGCCCAAACUGGAGCGGGCCCUGCUUGACGGCAGUGAACGCAAGACACUAGUGGACCACAAGAUAGUGUACCCGUACGGGGUGACAGUUGACUACACGACACAACACGUCUACUGGGUUGACACCUAUCUGGACUUUGUGGAGAGGGUGGACUAUGAUGGCUCUAACCGCCGGACUGUCAGGAAGGGAUUUCCAGUGCAGAACCUGUAUGAUGUGACUCUGCUGGAAAACAACUUGUUUGUGACAUCUUGGCGCAAUCAGAGUAUCAUUCGGCUGGACAAGUUCAACACAGAGAGCCAUGACACUGUGACCAACAUCAGUCGACCGUUCGCCAUCCAUGUGUAUCACCGCCAGCGGCAGCCUGACGCUGAUCACCCUUGCAAGAAGGAUAAUGGAGGAUGCCAACAUAUUUGUAUCCCAGCAUGGAAAAAAGAUUCACCACAAGUACAGUGCCUCUGUCAGCCUGGCUACCGACUGAUUCGCACACGGAAGUGUGUUGUGGCAAAACAAUCAUCAUUCUUGCUGUAUGGUAAAGGGCGGCCGGGAAUGAUCAAAGGCAUUUCGAUGUUGCCGAAACGAAACAAACAUGAAGAGGAAAUGAUUCCUAUCACUGAUCUGACAAGGCCCACAGCUCUUGACUACGAUGUUCGCACACAGUAUAUAUACUACUCUGACGGACAAAAGUAUGUGAUAGAACGGCAGAAGAUGGAUGGGUCGCAGAGAGAGACCGUGAUAGACCGUGGGGUGAGCAACUGUGAAGGCUUGGCCAUUGACUGGAUGGGCCGAAACCUCUAUUGGACUGACGAGGGGCUCAACACAAUCAACGUGGUGCGGCUGGACAAUAGCAACUAUCGUCGGACUAUCAUCCAUGAUCCCAAGUUUCACCCUAGAGCCAUUGUCUUGGAUCCCAAGAAAGGUCUGAUGUAUUGGUCGGACUGGGCUAGCGGCUCAUCUCCCAAUGGAAAGAUUGAGUUUGCCUGGAUGAAUGGUGAGCAGCGAAAAGUUUUUGUAGACUCAGGACUCCAGUGGCCCAACGGUCUCACUAUAGACUACUUCAACCGCAAGCUGUACUGGUGUGAUGCCUACCUGGAUAAGAUUGAGAGGAUCAGUCUGGACGGAUCAGAACGAAAGGUUGUUUUCCAUGGUUCAGACUUGGAUCACCCGUAUGGACUCGCUUAUUAUGAGAAGCUGUUGUUUUGGACAGAGUUCCAAAAAGGGACAGUACAGUGUCUUAACUUAGAGAAUGAUACUGUCACAACAUUGUCCACGGAGAAUGCCCCACUGUUUGAGAUCAGAGUGUUUGACAACAGUACCCAGACUGGCAGCAACCCAUGUCAGGAUACAUUGGAGUGUGGGCAGUUGUGUCUGGCCACGCCCUCUGGACCUGUCUGCGCAUGUCAGGACGGUCAUAUUGCUGACAAUGCCAUCUGUGUUCCUCAAGCCAACUACACACAGCCGUCACGCUGCCCUCCCACUCACUUCCAAUGUGUCAAAAACCUGCGGUGCAUCGACAACCGUUUCGUCUGUGAUGGUGACGAUGACUGUCAUGAUGGCUCAGAUGAAUCUGUGGCACCUGGGGGAGCUUGCGAGGCAAAGCCGUGCAGAGAAAACCAGUUCCGGUGUGAUGGCACACUAUGUAUCAGCAACUACUGGGUGUGUGAUGGUGAUAAAGAUUGUCUGGAUGGUACUGAUGAAUCCCAGUCCAAGUGCUCCAAUACUACCUGUGCUCCCAGCCAGUUCACCUGCACUGUGUCUCGACGUUGUAUCCCUCCUGCAUGGGUUUGUGACUCUGAGUCCGACUGUGGCGAGGGCGAUGAUUCUGAUGAGAAACAGGACUGCAAAUUCCCCAGUUGUAUGCCUUGGGAGUUCCAGUGUGACAACCAGCUGUGUAUUCCCCUAGACUAUGUUUGUGACUCGGAUGAUGACUGUAGGGAUGGCACCGAUGAACUAAAUUGCCAGGACAUUUGUGAUAACAAGACUCAGAUUUACUGUGCAGCAGAUUCCAUUUGUAUACCCUUGGACCACAAGUGUGAUGGCAAGAGUGACUGUUCUGAUGGCUCUGACGAGGCCAAGUGUGUAAUAGUAGAUAAGGAGGGAAAACCAAAGGAAUCUAAAGAGUCCAAACAACGUAAGAAAGAUCAGUCAUUCUGUGAGAAGAACGAAUUCCAGUGCAAGGAUGUCACUCGCUCUUGUAUCAGGAAGCAAUUUGUUUGUGAUGGUAGAAAUGACUGCCUGGAUGGUUCUGAUGAGUUAAGUUGUGAUAGUAAACCUGCACCAUGUAAGGGGAGUCAGUGUAAACCUGCCUCAUCCACUCCUACCACCGUUCCUGCGAACUGUACUUCACCAUCACGUUUGUGUGAUAAUGGCACAACAUGUGUCAUGCCUCAACAGCUUUGUGAUUCCAAGUUUGAUUGUGCUGAUCUCAGUGAUGAGGGAAUGCGCUGUGACGAAAACAUGUGCGGGUUCUCACUGGAAUGUUCACACAAUUGCCACAAUGCUCCCGAUGGAUUCGUCUGCUCAUGUCCUGACCAUCUACACCUGCAGACUGACAAGUACACCUGCCUGGAGUCUCAUGCCUGUGAGAGCUGGGGCACCUGCUCUCAGCGCUGCCAACGUUACGGCCGACACCACUACAAGUGCUCCUGUAACCAGGGCUACCAACUGCAGGCUGACGGCUUCUCCUGCAAGAGCAACGCGAGUGCAGUGCCAUAUGUAAUAUUCAGCAACAGACAUGAGUUGCGCGGUGUGGACUUGCAGACUCUGAACGUCAAGGCCCUCAUAUCCAGCCUGAAGAAUACAAUAGCACUGGAUUUCUAUCACACAGAAGAAGCUGACACUAUAUUCUGGACAGAUGUCAUCGAUGACAAGAUUUACAGGGGUACACUCAUCGGUGGCUCUCUGGGAAACAUCGAGGUGGUAGUUCAGACUGGACUGGCCACAGCUGAGGGGCUGGCGGUAGACUGGAUCGGAGAGAACCUGUACUGGGUAGAGAGCAACCUGGAUCAGAUAGAAGUGGCUCGCCUCAAUGGUAGCUUCCGUCGCACGCUCAUCGCAGGCGAGAUGGAGUCUCCCAGGGCCAUCGCACUUGACCCUCGAUUUGGGCUGCUGUUCUGGACAGACUGGGAUGCUAAAGCACCAAGAAUAGAGCGAAGCAGUAUGAGCGGGGAGCACCGGAAGAUUGUAAUACAUGUGGAUGAAGUGACUGACGGAGCAUGGCCUAAUGGACUCACACUAGACUACCAGCUUCAGAGAAUAUACUGGAUAGAUGCUAGGUCAGACUCCAUCCAUACAGCUCUUUAUGAUGGAACGGAUCACAGGGAGGUGAUGAGAGGUCAUGUUACCCUGUCCCAUCCCUUCGCUAUUGCCCUGUUUGAGAAUCAUGUGUACUGGACAGACUGGCGAACCAACUCUGUGAUACGUGCCAACAAGUGGAACGGUACCGAUAUCAUCGUCUUGCAGCGCACACUCACACAACCCUUCGAUAUCCAGAUCUUACACCCCAGUCGACAGCCCAGAGAUGUGUACAACCCUUGUGGAGUUAACAAUGGCAACUGUUCACACCUCUGCCUGCUCAGCAUCAACUCCACAAGGAAGUGUGACUGUCCUCACGUCAUGAGACUUUCCGAGGAUGAAGUCACUUGCAUUGUAAACGAACGUGUGUUGCUGUUCUCCCGUGCCAAUGAGAUCCGAGGUGUGGACCUAGCUCAGCCAUACUAUCACACAAUCCCUACUAUCAGCUUACCUCAGGUGCUAUCUCCCACCCAGCUGGACUACUUGGCCGCUACCAAGUCUAUCUACUGGACUGACGGCCAAGUAAAUGAGGUCAAACGGGCAGGACUGACUGGCGGACCCACCUACAGUCUCAUUGAUACUGGAAUUGACCAUCCCAUGGGAUUUGCUGUGGAUUGGAUCUCGCUAAACUUGUACGUGACAUCAAGCAACAACAAUGUCAACAAGAUACUAGUGUGCACUCUACAGGGAGAGUACAUAACUACGAUUUACUCUGCUGAGAUAGCUCCGGAGAACAAUGAUGGCUCAUUGUGGGAAAUACGGUCUCUAGCCAUCGACCCUUUACGAGGCAAGCUGUUCUGGAGCCAAGCUCUGACAGGAGGAAUCAACUCUAUCAUGGCGGCUCGCAUGGACGGCAGCGACCGUCACACUCUGGUCAACCAGCGAGACUAUAAAGAGAUGGUUGGCGUCACAAGUCUGGUGGUAGACUAUAAAGACAAUCGGUUGUACUGGGUGAACAGCGAGUCCAACUCCAUACAGUUCUAUGAUUUUGUGCUGUUGAUGGUGAAGCAAGUUCCAUUGUUGGAGGGUGUCAGCCCGACAGCAGCAGUAGUCUACAACAAUACUUUGUACUAUGCUGACAACGCAGAGUCUGCGAUCCACGCAAUUGACAAGACUGACGGCUCGGGCCACUACGUUGUGCGCAACAACACAGGCAGGAUCUUGUCGAUAAAGAUCUAUGACCCGAUGUCUCAGGUGGGGGAGAACGCCUGCUCUGUGAACAGAGGUAACUGUUCACAUCUUUGUCUACCUGUGUCGGCCACAGAACGUGUUUGUCGCUGUGCUUCUGGAUACUCUCCGCAUCCACUGGACCCCACACAGUGUCUCGGUGUUGAGGAAUUUCUGUUGUACUCUAUCAACUGGGAGGUGAGAGGACUUAGUCUGGACCCAGAACACAACACAACAGAAGUGUUGGGUCCCAUCUCUCGGGUCUCCAUGGCCACCAGCAUCGAUUUCCAGGCAGAGAGUGACUACAUCUACUGGGCAGACAGUGAUCACGGCACAGUUACCAGGAUACACAGGGAUGGUACGGGGCGUCAGGCUGUCGUAGAACACUUUGAGAGUAUGGACAGUGUCCCUGUGGACUGGCUCACAGGGCUUGCAGUUGACUGGGUUGCAGGGAAUUUGUACUGGACGGACCCCAAGCUGAACGUGAUCGAGGUAAGCCGACACGAUGGUACGAGCAGGUUUGUAGUCGUCCCUAGCGGGAUAGACACCCCUCACUCCCUCGCACUGGACCCUGCACGUGGCCUACUGUUCUGGACAGACAUCGGUAAGCAGCCAAGAAUCAGCCGGGCUGGUCUUGAUGGCUCCAACAUCAUGACCGUCAUCACUCUCCUUUCUGGCUCCAUCAGCGAUAUAGCACUUGACUUUGAGGGCAAUAAAGUUUAUUGGUGUGAUUCCGGCAGCAACACCAUAGAAAGAGUGAAUUAUGAUGGUUCUGGGCGAGAACUGCUAUUGAAUCACUCCUUGGACAACCCGUACGCCCUCACACACCAUGACCACAAGCUCUACUGGAUCGACAUCACCCACGAGAGGGGCAGUAUCAAGGUGGCCCCUGACUGGAACCUGUCCGACUACACAGUGCUGCUUCGGGGAGUGGGAGACUCACUCAAGGACCUGAUAGUAUUCAGUCGGGCACGCCAGGUUGGAACCAACCCCUGUGCUAUCGACAACGGUGGGUGUGCUGAGUUGUGCCUAUACAAUGGCACUCACCCAGUCUGCGCUUGCGCUCACGGUCUCGUGGCUGAGGACGGCAAGACUUGUAAAGAGUAUGAUAGUUUCCUGAUGUACUCCAGAGUGGUGCGUAUUGAUAGUGUGCAUAUCUCCGACGAGCACAACCUCAACGCUCCGUAUCCCAGCAUACAGUCCAAGGAGUUGAUGCGCAAUGCCAUUGGUCUCACCUACGACUACUCCCGAUUCACUCUCUACUAUUCUGAUAUACAACAGGGAUCUAUCAACGCAGUGCUAUUCAACGGCAGCAAUCACAGGGUUAUCGUUGAACGUCAAGGAUCAGUGGAAGGGCUGGCAUACGAGACAAUAGGUAACACCCUGUACUGGACUUGUAACAACGAUGCCACUAUCAACAAGCUGAAUCUGAGUGUGGAACCUCUGAAGCCAGAGACAAUUAUUAAGCUCGGCCCUAGUGAUAAACCUCGUGGUAUAGCUGUGGACAGCUGUGAUUGGCGGAUGUACUGGACUAACUGGAACUCUCACCACCCGUGUAUCCAGAGAGCGUUCCUGACAGGUUACGGACAGCAGGCCAUCAUCACAACAGACAUCCGCAUGCCCAACGCUCUCACACUUGACCAUCAGGCACAGAAACUGUACUGGGGCGAUGCACGGCUCGACAAGAUAGAACGUUGCGAGUAUGAUGGCACUCACAGAGUGAUACUAGCGAAAACGACACCACAACACCCAUUUGACAUGACUGUCCAUGGAGACCUCCUCUUUUGGACGGAUUGGGUCCACCAUGCAGUGAUACGUGCGAACAAGUACACUGGUGGAGAUGUUGUCUGGCUACGCAAGGAUGUUCCCCGACCCAUGGGCAUUGUGGCAAUCUCUAACAACACAGAAGAUUGUUUUACAAACCCUUGCCGGGUACACAAUGGUGGCUGUGAGGAUGUUUGCCGCCUGAGUGCUGCGGGACAAGUGCUCUGCAGUUGCCACGACAACCGUGCUCUGCUCCCAGAUAACAAGAGGUGUGCCACAGUGACUGCGCCAAACUGCACAGAAGAUGAGUUCCAGUGUUCGGACCGCGGUUGUAUCCCGUAUCACCUGACCUGCGAUGGCUUGCCACAAUGUAUCGACCUGUCCGAUGAGGAUGAGACGUAUUGCAGUAUGAGGACAUGUCGCAGCGGGUACUUCCGGUGUCAAAACAACCGGUGCCUUUCAGCCACCCGAUUGUGUGAUGAUGUCAAUGACUGUGGAGAUGGCUCGGACGAGGCCAACUGCUCCUGCGUGGCUGGGACACAUUUCCAAUGUACGGCUGGCCCCUGCAUACUAGGGAAGUUCCGCUGCGACUCCGAUCCAGACUGCCCUGAUGCUAGCGACGAAAUUGGAUGUCCCGUACAGAACUGCAGUCAGCAGAUGCCUGACCAUGUGGUGAUUAAUUGUAAGUACACGACGGCAUGCAUCCACCCGUCGUGGGUCUGCGACGGCCAAAACGACUGCUGGGAUAACAGCGAUGAAAUGAACUGUGACAAGACCUCUACCACACCCCAACCUCACUGCGGCAAUGACAUGUUCCGCUGUGAAUCUGGCCGCUGCAUUAACCAGGCGUGGCACUGCGAUGGCGAGGAUGACUGCAAUGACGGCUAUGACGGAACACCCAGCUCUGAUGAGCGUGAUUGUACAUUCCAAUGUAGAUAUGACCAGUUCCACUGCAGCAGUAACGAAUGUAUUCCUAAAACUUGGCAGUGUGAUGGGACAGAAGACUGUCCAGAUGGCUCAGAUGAAGCUCCGUAUUGUGCAACGCGAACAUGCUCUGCUACGGAAUUCCGUUGCAACAUGACAGGCCGCUGCAUUCCCUGGGAAUGGGUGUGUGACACAGAAGAUGAUUGCGGGGACAAUUCUGAUGAGAACUACCGCCAGGACUGUCUCAGCUAUGACCCGUCACCCUGCCUCGACCUGCAGUUCAUGUGCAACAAUAGCAAGUGCAUCGCCAAGGAGUAUUAUUGUGACGGGGAGGAUGAUUGCGGAGACAGGAGUGACGAGCCAGUGACAUGUGGUCAGAUAAAGUGUACAGACGUAGAGUUUGCUUGUCGUAACGGCAAGUGUGUCAAGGCAGCUCUGGUCUGCAAUGGAGUGGAUGACUGUGGUGACAACUCCGACGAAGAUCUUGACAAUAAGGAAUGCAAAAAUGCUAGCUGUACAGGAGACGACGUGUUCCAAUGUGCUAACGGGUUGUGCAUCAAUGCGACUCUGCUCUGUGACCUUGAGAACAACUGUGGAGACUUCAGUGAUGAGGAUAAAUGCAAUGUGAAUGAGUGUGCUGGGACCAAUCCCUGUUCCCAUAUCUGCAAGGAUCUGAAAGUGGGUUUCAAGUGUCUCUGUCGGCCAGGCUUCAAGCCGCAUUCCACCAAUCCCCACCUUUGUGUCGACAUCAAUGAGUGCGAGGAGCUUCAUCCCUGCUCCCAGACAUGUUACAACACACAUGGCUCCUACGUCUGUGACUGUGUGGAGGGUUACACGCUCCAAUCCAACCAACACUCUUGCAAGACCUCCUCUUCGGUUCAGCCUUUGCUGAUAUUCUCCAACAAGUACUACAUCCGACAGUUGGACAUGAGUGGACACUUCACAUUGUUUGCCAACAAUCUGACCAAUGCCGUGGCUGUGGACUUUGACUGGGAGAGCAAGUGUGUCUACUGGUCUGACGUCACGGCUCUCAGCAGCUCUAUCAAACGGUUCUGUCAGGGCGACAAUGCUUACCAGACACUGCACUCAGCCACUCUACAGAAUCCUGAUGGACUGGCUGUGGACUGGGUGGGACACAACCUUUAUUGGUGUGACAAAGGACUAGACACAAUCGAGGUGUCCCGGCUGGAUGGGAAAUACCGACGUGUGUUAAUCCGAAAGGGCCUGCAAGAGCCUAGAGCCAUCGCUCUAGAUCCCAGGAAUGGCUACUUGUACUGGACCGACUGGGGAGACCGACCACACAUUGGAAAGGCAGGAAUGGAUGGUAGCAAUCCUCACAUGAUCGUGGAGACAGACUUGGGCUGGCCCAACGCCCUCACUAUAGCCUACGAAACCAAUGAGCUGUACUGGGCCGAUGCCAGAGAGGACUACAUUGCUGUCUCCGACUUGGACGGGAAAUCCAUUCGGAAACUGAUGAGUCGAGCCCAGACACCUGAACUCAGGUUGCAUCAUGUGUUUGCCAUCGCAGUAUUUGAGGACUAUGUCUUCUGGACUGACUGGGAGACCAAGUCUGUGGAGAGGUGCACCAAGUUUGGCCCCAUGAACUGUACCACCAUGGUCACCAAUGUGCAUAGACCAAUGGAUAUCCACAUACACCAUCCUUACAGACAGCUGCCAGUUCAUCCGAACGCUUGUGCCAACAAUGGUAACUGUUCAACGCUAUGUCUCCUCGCUCCAGACGGAGCGCACUCCUGUGCCUGUCCAGAGAACUAUGCCCUGGCAGAUGACAGCAAGACUUGUGACGCCAACUGCAGCAGUUCUCAGUUCAUGUGCAAUUCCACCUACAAGUGUAUCCCAUUCUGGUGGAAGUGUGACACUCAGGAUGAUUGUGGUGAUGGCUCUGACGAACCAGCUGACUGUCCUAAGUUUGAGUGCCUGCCAGGACAGUUCCAAUGUCAUAAUCACCAUUGCAUCCACCCUGUCCAGCUCUGUAACGGUCACUACGACUGCCCAGACAAGUCUGACGAACUGAACUGUGAUCAGUAUACUUGUAUGGACACACAAUUCAAAUGCAAAGGAAACAAGACAGUGUCAGGAUACUGCAUUAAUAGCAACAAACACUGUGAUGGCUUCAAGGACUGCCCAGAAGGAGAGGAUGAGGAUGACUGCCUCGACCUGACUUGUCCUGCUGAUAAGUUCCAUUGUAACACAAAGAAAUGCAUCCCACUGGUGUGGGUGUGUGACGGGGACAACGACUGUGGCGAUGGGUCUGAUGAGGGUCGAAUCUGCCUGAACCGAACGUGCGCCAACAACCACAUGCAGUGUGCGUCAGGCCGGUGUAUCCCAAACAGCUGGCGGUGUGACGGCACUAACGACUGUCCCGAUCAUGAGGAUGAGCCUCCUACCUGCUCUGACCCCACCAUCCACACAUGUGACCCCACCUAUUUCAAAUGUGAUAACCACAAAUGUAUUCCUGGUCGCUGGCGCUGUGAUUACAAUGACGACUGUGGAGACAACUCUGACGAGAAGUCCUGUGUGCCUCGACCUUGCUCUGAGUCUGAGUUUCAGUGCAAGGACGGCCGGUGUAUCAGGGAUGUUCUACGAUGUGAUGGUCAAUACAACUGUCCCGACCAGAGCGACGAGAAUGACUGUAACACCACCUGUUCCAGCAAGGAGUUCCAGUGUCGUAACCCUAAACACUGCAUCUACAUUGAAUGGCAGUGUGAUGGUGAUGUGGAUUGCUCGGAUGGCUCUGACGAAGUAGACUGCCACAAGGGACACUGCAACCCACUUACAGAGUUUACAUGUGCAGACAAACAACAAUGUAUCAGCUAUCUGUGGGUGUGUGAUGGGGACGAGGACUGUGCCGAUGGCAGUGAUGAGGCUAAGGGGUUAUGUGUUAGUCUGCCUUGUAUGCCUGGUCGAUUCAGGUGUAAAAAUCACAAAUGUGUUCCAAAGUCCCUGGUAUGUGACGGACGAGACAACUGUGGGGAUGGAUCAGAUGAGGAGCCACAUGCAUGUCAGUACACGCACCGAUGUGCACAUGGAGAGUUCCACUGCACGAAGGGCCACUGUGUGAGCUUACACUUGCGCUGUGAUGGAAACAACGACUGCGGUGAUAACAGUGAUGAGGCCAAUUGUCUGCCGCCACCCUGUACGUUUGGUGUUUGCCCCCACACUUGCACAGAGUAUAAGAAGACCUACAAAUGUGUCUGUGCCGAGGGCUACCAGUACAGUCGUCUCAACAAUACUUGUGUUGCGCUUGGAGAUCCAGCCUAUCUAAUGGUAGCGAGUGACAGCGAUCUUCGUUUCCUCAAUCCAUACAAAUCUCAUGAGAGCUCGGUGAACCAGGUGUCUGCCACUCCUCACCACAAGAUGGACUCCAUGGACAUUCUGUGGUCUCGAGCAGGCACUCGGGUGUUUUGGGCGGACCACCAACAGAAGGUGAUCAGCAGCAUGCCGGUCAACAUCCCAACCAACUUCAGGGUCACUAGGGAAUCACAGCCACGUGAACCUAGGAUACUGAUUACGAACCUGGUGGAGCCAAGAGGACUGGCAGUGGACUGGGUGGCUAAGAGAUUGUACUGGGUAGACGCCGGAGCGGACAUAGUGGCUGUGUCUACAUUGGAUGGCCGUAUGAAGCGCACACUGGUUAAGGUGGCUGUGGACCAGCCUCAUGACAUUGUUGUUGACCCCAAGUCUGGGACAAUGAUCUGGUCAGACUGGGGUGUCAACUCCCGAAUCGAGUCAUGUGGGAUGGAUGGACAGGGGUGUCGGACGCUAGUGGAGUCUGUCAACUGGCCGACAGGACUUUCUAUUGACUACCCAGCUCGUAGACUGUACUGGGCGGACCCCAAGGCUCUUUCUAUCGACAGUAUCAUGUUGGACGGCCGAGGUCGCCAACUUGUUCACAAGUUCCCCAGAGGUCAGAAACCAUACAAGGUGGAAAUAUUUGAGGACUGGGCAUUUAUCAGCAUGUACCAAAAUAAUGACAUCUUGAGAAUAAACAAAUUUGGCAGAGGAAAUGAAACCUACAUCUCCCAAGGUCUGACGAGGGCUGCUGACAUAAUCAUUGUACAAGAGCAUAAACAGCAGAACAUGACAGAUCCAUGUGCCAAUUCUCCCUGCCACAAGUCUGCUCUCUGUGUCAUAGCCCGGGGAGGCGAUGCCUACACCUGCCUCUGUCCGGAUGGUACAGAACCUAAGGCUGCCAACGUUUCAAACACCGAACUGGAGUGUAAGACAGGAGAGAUUUGUCCGCUGCAGUGUCACAGAGGAGUAUGUGAGGUCACAGAGCAAGGGCCACAGUGUAUGUGUUCCAUGCUGUAUGACGGAGACCACUGUGAUCAUUACCGGUGCUCCCAACACUGCAAGAACAAUGGCUGGUGCUUUCCUGAUCUUAUUGUCAAUGGACCACCCAACUCCCAGCCUCCUCUUAAGUGCUACUGCCCCCCGGAAUGGACAGGAGAGCGUUGUGAAGUACCAGUAGAGCUGUGCGUUGGUUGGUGUCUCAACGGCGGCAGUUGUCUCAACCCUAGACCUGGCCUCGCCCAGUGUAACUGUCCCCCAGGUUUCACAGGCAAUCGCUGUGAAAAGUGCACAGAUUUGGUGUGCCAAAACGGAGGCACAUGUCUACGAAACACUACAAGUGAUAGAGCCCACUGUCUGUGUCCCAAUGGAUACAACGGCUCCCAGUGUGAGACCUCUUAUUGUGAGAACUAUUGCCACAAGGGUUCUUGUAACCUGACUCCUGAUGGACCUCUGUGUCAGUGUCCACCAGGGUUCACUGGUAAGAGAUGUGAACGUGACGGUUGUGACAGCUUCUGCCAGAAUGGAGGUGAGUGUGAGGUGACAUCAAAGAAGCUGGUGUGCAAGUGUCCGCCACGUUUUGUGGGCCGCCGCUGUCAGGUGGAUGUAUGCAACUGCUCGUGCCCGCCGCAAGGUGUCGCUGCCUGUCUCUGCCCACCUACCCCACCAGAGAUAUGCCAUCCUUGUCCGCCUGAUCUCUGUCAGAACGGUGGGACUUGUACAUCCUCCAGUGGCGAACCCACUUGCCGAUGUACGGAGGAAUGGGAAGGAGAGCGUUGUGAGGAGCCAGUGUCUCCUGGCUGUGUGGACUACUGCCAGCAUGGCGGUACCUGCACCUUGGGUGGGAGCAUGGCGGGGCCGCAGUGUCACUGCUUGGAUGCCUGGGCGGGCCCGCGCUGUGAGAUACGAUCCUCAUGCGACAACAACUUCUGCUUCAAUGGGGGCUCCUGCAGAGAGUCUCCGGACCGAGAUAUGGGCCCUGUCUGUGUCUGCCCACCAGAGUAUGUAGGGCUACGCUGCCAGACCAGGGUGGGAGCGCCCGGAGCUGCUGUGCCAGUGUCUAUAGAUCUGGAGGAAAACAAUCUUGCUAUUACCACAUUGUUUGUAUUUUACAGCUGCCCACCAGAGUAUGUAGGACUACGCUGCCAGACCAGGGUGGGAGCGCCCGGAGCUGCUGUGCCAGUGUCUAUAGAUCUGGAGGAGGACAAUCUUGCUAUUACCACAUUGUUUGUGUUUUACAGCUGCCCACCAGAGUAUGUAGGGCUACGCUGCCAGACCAGGGUGGGAGCGCCCGGAGCUGCUGUGCCAGUGUCUAUAGAUCUGGAGGAAAACAAUCUUGCUAUUACCACAUUGUUUGUAUUUUACAGCUGCCCACCAGAGUAUGUGGGCCUAUGCUGCCAGACCAGGGUGGGAGCGCCCGGAGCUGCUCUGCCAGUGUCUAUAGAUCUGGAGGAAGACAAUCUUGCUAUUACCACAUUGUUUGUAUUUUACAGCUGCCCACCAGAGUAUGUAGGACUACGCUGCCAGACCAGGGUGGGAGCGCCCGGAGCUGCUGUGCCAGUGUCUAUAGAUCUGGAGGAGGACAAUCUUGCUAUUACCACAUUGUUUGUACUCAUGUCCCUUGUGCUACUGAUCGUUAUCGCCCUAGGCCUCACCUACUACAUCGUCAAGUUUAAACGCAGUGGGAAAGGGUUCAGCCAUGUACGCAUGCAGGACAACGUGGAGAUUAGUAAUCCCAUGUACCAAAGUCAGGAGUUGGAUGAUGAAGUGGACAGAGACUUCACCAUCGACCCUGACAGGGCUGCAAAUUUUGGAAAUCCAGUCUACGAGUCGCUAUACAACACGGCAAACGUAAGUGAGGAGAAAAAAGGUUUAUUACAAGGAGAGACUGCUGUCGAAAAGCAUCAUCCUUUGGUAAACGAAAAGUUUUAAGUCUACAUAAUCCACAACUAUCGUAACGAGUUUAGUUUUUCUUAUUAAGAAAGAGUUUUAUAUUUUAUGACACAAUAUUGUAGUAAGAAGCUAUUAUACUAAGGUUCACUAAUACAAGUAACCGGGUAUGUAAGCACCAACUGACGGCUAACUGUCAUUCAUUUUCAUGUGAUAAAGUAAUUAAUCGAUUUUUAUAGAUUUAUUAUUAUUAUUCGAUAUAUUAUUUGUGUUUGUGAUUGUACAGAAUUAUUUUAGGUAUAUAUAUAUUAUUUUUUCAUGUUUAGAUGUUAGUGUAUAGUUUGUAUUGAGUCAGAAUGGUACACACUGAAAGUUAUUUGAUUGAAUUUACCAUGACCAUGUACAGCUUUAUUUGUUUUGAUGUUGUGUAAGUAUGACAAAUGUAACUUUACACAAAUUUUCAAUAGGACAUACAAAAUAUUUUACUCAGUAAUUUACAGACAGUUGAUCGUUUAAUGCUAUAGAGUACAAAUAGUUUGGGUGUUAAAAUAGCAAGCUAUUAUUACAAUUAACCCUGGAAUUCGAGCAUGUACUCUGUACUGACAUUCACUUUUUUCCAUUUCUUUGGUGAAAAGUUGUAUAACUUUUUGUUGCAGUGAUAUGUGAAAGAUUAACUAAUUCCAAAUUAUACAAAACAAGCAAAAUAUACAAUUGAUAAAUCUUGUAUAAAAAACUUUUGUGUGAUUUUGUGUGUUUUUGGAAAAAAAAUUAAUUCCUAUUCUCCCUACAGGCUAUCAAAUCACUUGAUUUGUUCUUACAAUUACAAGCCAUUUCUUUCCCUGACAAAUAAUAAUACCAAUAAAAUGACAAAAACCUCUGAAUGUCUGUAAAACAAUAAAAAACACAACACACCAUAGUGACAUGGUCACAUUAACACAUGCAACAAUUCUAUGAAAAUAAAACGAGUUAAAUGAAUUGAUUGUAAAACAACAUGAGUAAGAGCAUUGGUUAUUUGAGACUUAGUACUUUUUCAAUUGAACUAUAAGAUGAUUGAAAAUAUGUCCUUUUAUAACUAUGGGGAGGAGGGGGUUUUAACCCAAGGAGUGGUAUGUGAAUGUUACUGUGACAUGGUAUUUUUGGUCUGUGUUAAAAUUUUUUUUAAACUAUUUUCACACCUUAAAUCUUCAAACCAAUUCUCUAAAUGUAACAUUUUCUACUUCAUUUUCUUUAGAAUAAAUUGUAAAAAAAUUGAAAAAUCAAAAAGUUACUAAGUUUUAAUUGCAAAUGUACAUUUUUCUCAUAAAACUUUAAAAAUAAAAAACAUUUGUCUAAAUUCUAUCCUUUAGUAAUUUUAUAUUUGUACAGCAACAAAUCCAAAAUACACAAUUUUGUUCCAAAUAUUACCCCGGUUUUUAGAAAGAUACAGUGUAUAUCCCAAGUCUUUAUUCAGAAAAAGUAUAUGUUAAUACAACUGUGUGUAAAACCAUGCACUUAUUUUCACUUUUUUUAGAGGGAAGACAAUAAACGACAAGAAAUAUCUAUAAGCCAAACUCUAUAAAAUAUAUAACUCAUUAUCAUUUGUUCAGAAAUCAUAAAUAUAUUUAACAAACCUAUUAAAACAAUAAUACUACUAUUAUAUUUUUACAAUAGUAAUAAAUCAUAUACAUAUUGUAAAUACAUAUUGAGAUCAGAUAAUAUCUGUGGUUUCACAAGUUGUGUAAACAGUACAUGCCACUUCAAGGGUUAAUUAUCCCAUGUCAGCAUUACACUGUACAAUGUUGUACAAAAGUGUAGAUUGUUGAAUAUUUAAAGAAAUUCCAGUGUCAGCUUAUAAAUAAAACUUUUCUUGUACAAAAGUGUAGAUUGUUGAAUAUUUAAAGAAAUUCCAGUGUCAGCUUAUAAAUAAAACUUUUCUUAUUAACCAUUGUGUAAUUGGUUGUAAAUUCCAAAUAAAUGUUUAAGUCUAUACAUAAACCAAUAUUCUUGAAAAUAAAAAUGGUUUUUGAUUUAAUAUUUUACUUACUUAAACAUUGAAUCAGAUUUUUUGAAUUUUGUAAUAUUUACACAACUCUUACCAUUAUAAUUCCACUGUAAACAUAUAUUCGGAUUAAAUAAUUCAGGGUUUAUGUCUGUUUUAUUUUAAGACUGCUUUCGUUGCUAUUUAUUUAUAUGUAUUUUUACUUUUUACAUAUCCUAAAAUAAAAUGAUCUUUUUCAUUUGACAUUUUUUAAACCAUAGUAUGUAGUUAAAUUUAAAAAAUUUUUGUAAUUUAUAAUUUACAUCUAAACCAAUGAGCCUAAACCAUGACAUAAUUUUAAUGUUUUAAUUUGAAGAUUUCAAAUCAUUUUUUGGUUAUUUUUCUAUUCAUAUGUUACUUAUAGUUUUAGUAAUUAUAUUUUAAGUUUGUAUGCAUUUUAUUUCUUAUGAGGCCUAUUAUUGUUCAAAUGUUAUCACAUAUAGGGCCAACAUAAUUGUUUAGUACAAUCAUUAAUUGCUAGAAACGAUAAAUAUAUUAAGGCAGCUAUUUUGGCAGCUUGUUGAUGAUAAAUAUUGUUAUUGUUAAACCCUCUUAAGUAAAAACGAAUUUUUAGUUUAAGUUUAUUAGAACUAAGACUUUUUUAAUUUUUGUUUUAUAUGAAGACAUUCAUGCAUAAUAUUUAAAACCUUCACAAUGCAACUAUUAUAUUUUUAUUGUGGUAAUCUUUUGAUUGAACCAUUGAACACGUAGUUUGUUAGUAAAUUUAUUCGUAUUUUAAUAUGGUUAGAAAUUUAUAUUAGAUUCAAAGCACAAAUGAGGAAACACUAUCUGUCUACUUGUUCCUGUAAAAGCAUAAUCAAUUUAUGGAGACUUAAUUUAAUUAUUUGAAUGAUAUGGCACCCAUGUCUUCAAAUAUCUGCACAAAAUGUUGUGUAGGGUGUCUAAAGAUUUUUAGGAGAAUCCACUUAGCCUUUUCCUAUUUUAACUGUAAAAUAACUUGAAACAUAUGGUAUUUUGUUGUAUUUUUUUAACCAUGUAUCUGUAAUACUUACUUUAAUGAACAGCCUGUAAUUUGUCUGUUAAAUGUUGUAUAGAUCUGUAAGUAGUGAUGUGUCAAUCCAGAUCUUUGCUGCAUCGAAUCUAUAAUCAAAUCUGUUGGGAUUGGAUGUGUUAAUUGGCCAGAAGUUUUUCAUGUACUUAACAUAACAUGAAUGUGUUAAAUACUCCAGAAAAAGCACACAUAGCACCGUAAAUGAAAUCAAACUUCACUUAAAAAGAUUGCGUGAUAUGAACUGCCUCACUCUUCCCGCAUAUUACAUAAUGUGCCUACUACAUCGGCUGUGCUGCACAUACCAUGAGCAAGAUUAUUCAAUCCAAUACAAACCUUUAACUUGUAUACAGUAAUACUAAGGUAUUAUUCAUUUCAAGUAAUUCACACUAUUUUUUUAUUCUGAACUGAGUAAAUACUUGAUCAAAAAUAUAUAUUAAAUUCCUCGAGCAUUAGAAAUGUAAGAAAUUCAAGAGAGUGAUCUGGCAACACUGUGACCAAUCCAACAUCAUAAUGGCAGGUGAAAUCUUUUGUCCUCUGUUGCAAUUGUUGAUAGAAUCUAGUAGCUGAUGCUUGCUGUGAGUCAUGAAUGGAAACAACAGUGCCCAAGAUGAGGCAAGUUUUUGUUGUAUGAGUGUUAAUCACCGUCUGGCAGAAAAACUUUUGGAAGAAAAUAUGGUGAUAAUGUAUACCACAUUUGAUUUUAAAUUCAAAUAUUCUAUGUUUAUGUUUGUGCAUCAGAAUACAUCUAUUUGUGGACAGCAGCUGAUCAGCAGUACACAAAUAACCAAUCGCUAAAAUACUUUUUUAUUGUAUUUUGGGUAAAAUUCAUAGAUAAAUAACUGAAUUAACAAAUUAUAUUAGUUUGUGAAUGUUUCAUUUGCAGUUUGUAUUUUCUAUAUUUGUUUGUGCAGCGCCGUAAAUAUGCUGUCUGUGUGUGUGCGCGCGUGCAAGUGUUUCAUCUGAGUGUUGCUAUGAGUUAAUUCAACUUUGUACUUCUUCCUCAAGCUAUCAACCAACUGAGGGGUCCCGACUAACUUUUGUCUAUCUGUUUCACAAACCCUGAAUAACAUAAAAGAUUAUGUAAAACAGUGCUGGGCAGCUUUCUAGCUAUUUUGAGUUUCAACCUUAAUUCCUCUUCAACUCUUAAUUGGUUAAAAUUACAAACACAUUAACCAUAAUCUUAAGUAAUAUACUUUAUUCCCAUCUGCCCAGUGAGAUGACAGUAUAUAUUAACUUUCCUUCCAAUGAUUAUCGAGUCUCUUUUCCUCCAGAAUUCUUACAUAUAAGACCUAUCCUACAUAUUUCUUUCAGAUCGUCAGCUUUGAUGAGAAUCAUCAGAUUUACCCCCAAACUGGACGAACUUCUUGUGUGCAGUAUCUAUCCAACCAAAGGGCCUAUUUUCCCAAAUCCACCAGAAAUCAAGUCUUAGACUAAUCAGUAAUGAACUGAUAAUUCAUAUUUUAUUCUAAGCUUUCAUUUUGGACUAGCUCACCUGUGGUACAUCUCUUGCUUAGUUGUGUCUCAAUAUUGGAGUUGAUGUAAAGUUUUCUUAAUUAUUGGGAAGCUGGAUUGGCUCACUUUAUCUAUUUCAGCUGUCUCUGCAUUUUAGUUUUCCACAAACCUUCUAUAAACGUGCUGUCCUAUGUUUUAGUCUUAAGAACUGAAUUGAAUUAUGAUAAGGUUGUUUGCUAUAACUUUUCUAUACGAUUCAUUAGUUUUGUAAGGAGAUUUCUUUCUUCAACCUCAGGUGUAUAAAUGUUGGAGUAUGUUUGUUCAGAUUGUACCUGAUAAGUCUCUCUUUGAAUGGAUUGAUAUAUACUUACAGUGUUUACUUCUGGUUAUAGUUUUAUUAGUAAUUAUUUGACCUUUUUCUUAUUUUUGGUUUGUAUCUUAGUUUUGUAUAAAAACCCAAACAGCAUAGUAAAUGUUUUUCUCAUUUAAGGAGUUUAAUUUAAAAAUGUAUUCAAGUAAAAAUUUAUGAACAUGAAGAGUUGAUUACAAUAUCUUCUUGACUAGUAGAAAAGUAAAAAGGAAAGGACUUUGUGGACACCAAUGUGGUUCUCCUCUGUUGUGAUUUUAUUAAGUUGUGCAAUAAAGUUAUGAUUGAUUUCUUUUAACUGUUGCAUUUAUGCUAAGGUUGUUAUUGAAAUCAUGUACCUCAGACAUUUUAUUUUAUAGAUUUAAUUUUGAGAAUUUAUUAUGUUCAAUCAAUAUUAGUAGUUUUAUAUGGCAUACAAAUUUGAAUUACUAUACUCAUAACAAUACACUUCAUAAGUCUACACUGAGUACAAAAUAUUUUGUUUACAAUAUAUAAUACUUGGUUUUAUUUUUUAACUAGUACUACACAUAAUUAUUUAUACUGAUGACUUUAGUACUAUGUGCCAUGUAAUAAUUUAACCCUUUCCACUCAGAUAUUGCCUGACAUAGACAUCAUGCAUUGUAUGUUAUGUGACAAGUGCUGUUUCAACCUUGAUAUUUUCGGCUGUUAAGUUGUUAAAACAGUCUGUGUACAACCGACAUAGUUUGUUGUUGUGGAUCGUGAAUACUAUGCAGUGAUUUGUGUUAGUAUGUUAUUCUAUGUUCACUUAAAAAUAUAAUAGUUAGGUUCUGUUUGGUGUAGUUUUAUUAUCUCUUGAAAUUGCUUUCUAUAUCUAAUAGGAUUAUAGGCUAUUAAUGUUAUGCCCAACAAAUCUGAAAAAUUUGCAAUAUCUGUGUUGUCACAAGAAAUCAAAAAUACCUAAAAGAAAUACAUAAAUUUAAAAAAGCUAUGUGUGUUAAUCUUUUAAUAGUAAUUUGUUCAAUAUGUUGUUUGGUAAUUUCUCAAUAUGUUGCAUAACCAGAUUCUGUAAGCAAAACAUUGUAGUGGUCCAAAUAAAUUCAUAAUAAUAUUGAAUUGAAAGCCAUACAUUUUCAUUAAACAUUAGUACAAAGAAACAGCAAUUCCGUGAAAUUUAAGUGGAAAGGGUUAAAGUUUUGUUAUAUAACCUCUUUACAGAGUAUGAACCCACCCAAGAAAUGAAUACCAAUUUAUCACAAAAGACUUGCCAAUGUCUGUAAAUAUAUACCACUGUCCUCUGUACAAGUUAUGUGUAGGAAAACUGAAAUUAGCUGUAAAAGACUUACAGUAUUUGUAAAUUUAAAGUUUUAUAAUUGUUAAGGACCCUUCUAUGACGUCCUAAAUGUACAAGAGUAUCCUAAUUUUAUAAAAUUGUAACAUGUAUUUUAACUGAUAGUUAUAAUUGUUGUAAAUCUAAAUUUUAAUAAUGACUGUACAAGUAUUUGUUUCUAUCAAGCCGUACGGGGUAACUUCUCUUUUUUAUUUGUAGAUCUGUUUUUUCCUUGGUGAUGAGCUCUGUUUAUUCCUGUUCUUUUUUUGGUUAACUGGUUAGUAACGGUUGUAAAUUGACUUCUUACCGGUGACUUGGUGUGAUACGCUUGAUCUAAUGCAACUAUUUGUACAUCAUCUGUAACUAUAAGUGCUUCGUGUGAGUGUAAUGGUUGUGCUCUCAAUGGUACUGUAUCUAUCACUAUGUCGUUUUUAUAUUUUCAAUCGUGCCAAAUAUUUCGCUAUUACUUUUGACACAUAUUUUUGUAAGCCAUUUAUCAGCAUGGUUGUUCGAAAAAAUAAACCAAAUUUUAGAAUA